UCCCCAGGGGCCAGAGGGAAGACCAGGCUUCAGGAAUGAAGGGGUUACAGUUACUCAAAUGUCACCUGAGCUGGGCGUCAGGUUUCCUGGGUGCUGCCUCCGCCCCGGUUGGGGGAGGGGAAGGGAACGCUUGGGCCUCCCUGAGGAGACGCCCCCAGUCCUGGGUGAGAAGGGGCCCGGCCUUUCCUCGGAGCACAGGAAGCAGGGAAGUAAAUGGGAAGCUUGGGUCCCCAGAGCAGGAGGUGGGGGGCCCAGCGAGAAAUGCGCGGGCGCCCCCGGGCGGCCCCCAGGUACUGGCGCCCGGACUCCCGCCGAUUCCCCCUUACUGCCCCCUCUCGCUUGUCCCUCCCCGCCAGGCCCCUCCUCGACGCCCGGAACCUUCCUGCUCCCAGCAGCAGAUGCCUGGACCUUGGCCCCUGCUGGGAGCAGCCGCGGGCCCGGCCUGACUCGGCCGCUGCAGGCCUUCCUGGUUAAUGAUCAGCCAGCAGCGGAGCCCGUGUCAGGGGAGGGCCUGAUGCGGAGGAGGGAACCCCGGAGCUGGGCCACCCUUGAGGAGGGCAGGCCAGCCCCAGCUGCUCACUGUGAGGGUGUCCGGCACCGCGGCCGGCUGAUCGCCUACAGCCUGGUGUUUGAGGACCCUGCCUGGAUCCAGGAUUCAGAUUCAGACACUGACUCGGAGGGGCCCGGGGCUGGCCCAGGGGAUCUGGGCCCAAGGGUUGGGAUUGGGGGUGAGAGGGGUGGUCUCCCACUGGAAGGUCCCGCGGCUGACCUGGAAUGGGACCCCACGGGGGAUGUGGGGUGGCUGGGUACCAUCAGGAGCAGGAGAGUCUGGACACCCGGGUCCCCCUGUGAAGUGUGCGGACACGUGGAGCCCCUGGGGGCGUGGUCCCUCCGGCCGUGGGGCGCCCCCCGGGCUGUGGCCCCCCCGGACAGGAAGCAGCCCAGCCCCCGGGAUGUGACCGUCCAGAUCCACAAGGAGGGGGAAGAGCCGGCCGGGGGCGCUCAGCCCCCCCGCGCCCGCCGCCCCCUCCUCUUCGUGCUGCUCCUGCUCCUCCUCGGGGUGGCGUGCCUCCUGCCGCCCCCCAGGGGGCCUCACUGCCCCCCUCCGCGGCUCCCCGGGCCCCUGCACCUGGUCCUCAGCUAUGUCAACGGCCCGCCCCCAACCUGAGCCCCCGGGGCCUCCAGGCAGACCCCCGGAAUAAAGCUGACAAACCCAA